AUGAUAAAAUUUACUGUGGCUUUUGCCCUUUUAAUCCUGGGCCUUUGUGCAAGUGCCCAAGGUCAAACUCCAAAUCUUUGCCGGCGACAGAAUGAUAGAUGUCUGAGUCGUGAGAAUCGAAAUGGCAGGUUUAAUGAGGUAACAAAUGUCUUUAAUGAUAAUUGUCGUCGUUCCAACCGCAACUGGCGGAAUGUUUCACGAUGUGAACUAGCUCGGGCCAGUUGUCAAUUAACCCUUGCUCGAUGCUCCACUCUGAGCUGCGAGAAUGUGAGGAGGGCUCUAGGCAGUGGUGGGGGUCGUCCACCCACUCCUGGAAUCCCUACGCCUCGUACGGAACGUCCUGAAACUCCUGAACCGUCCGGCGGUAAUCCACCAACCAGAACUCCUCGACCUCGCACCACUCGUCGAACUCGCACCACAACUCGAAGGACUCCAACAACUAGAAGAGGUAGACGAACAACUACUCGAAGGACUCCAACAACUAGAAGGUCUAGAAGGACUACUACACGAAGGACUCCAACAACUAGAAGGUCUCGAAGGACUACUACUCGAAGGACUCCAACAACUAGAAGGUCCAGGCGCACUACUACUCAAAGGACUCCAGAGGAAUAA